UAAUAUCGGUUUUUCAAACAGGGACAAUUUCUUGAUUCUUCAAACACUAGUAGCCUCCAUGGCCUGCUAUAUGUUUCCCUUUCUUCAGUAUCUUCCUCUCUGGAAUGCAAAAGGUCUUAUUGUUGCACUGAUUCUCCAUGUGGGAAUCUCAGAGCCACUUUAUUAUUGGGUGCAUAGGAAGUUCCAUGGAGAUUACCUUUUCACCCAUUAUCAUUCACUUCAUCAUUCAUCUCCCAUACCAGAGUCUUUUACUGCUGGACAUGCAACACUUUUGGAGCAUCUUAUUUUGACGCUAGUCAUUGGAAUCCCUAUCCUUGGGGCUUCUUUGAUGGGAUAUGGAUCAGCAAGCUUGGUGUAUGCUUAUGUUUUGAUUUUUGAUUUCCUCAGAUGCUUGGGCCACUGCAAUGUUGAAAUUGUUCCCCAUCAGUUGUUCCAGAAAUUCCCAUUUCUUAGAUAUGUGAUAUACACACCAACAUAUCACAACCUACACCAUUCUGAUAAGGAUACUAAUUUCUGCCUCUUUAUGCCUCUCUUUGACGCACUUGGCAAUACCCUCAACCAAAAAUCAUGGCAAUCACACAAAAUAUUAAGUUCAGGUUCCGGAAACGGUGACACGGUCCCACAUUUUGUUUUCCUAGCGCAUAUAGUAGAUGUGUCAUCUUCUAUUCAUGUUCAAUUCGUCCUGCGAUCCUUUGCUUCAUUGCCAUACACAACGAGGCUCUUCUUGGUCCCAUGUUUGCCCGUUGCUUUUCUAGUUUUACUAGCAAUGUGGGUUUGGUCCAAGACCUUCUUAGUUAGUUUCUACUACCUCAGAGGUAAACUGCACCAAAUGUGGGUUGUACCUAGAUGUGGCUUUCAGUAUUUCUUGCCAUUUGCUACUGAGGGAAUCAAUAAGCAAAUUGAGCUAGCUAUCCUCAGGGCUGAUAAAAUUGGGGUUAAAGUCAUUAGCCUUGCUGCAUUGAAUAAGAAUGAAUCUCUAAACGGGGGUGGAAAGCUUUUUGUGGACAAGCACCCAAACCUGAGGGUUCGAGUUGUUCAUGGGAACACGUUAACUGCAGCUGUCAUACUCAAUGAGAUCCCUCAAGAUGUGAAAGAGGUGUUCCUAACAGGAGCUACUUCCAAGCUUGGAAGAGCAAUUGCUCUCUACCUUUGCCAAAAGAAAGUCAAAGUUCUGAUGUUAACUCUUUCAACAGAUAGAUUUCAGAGGAUUCAAAAGGAAGCCCCUCUUGAGUAUCAAAGCUAUCUUGUCCAAGUGACAAAAUACCAAGCAGCACAAAACUGCAAGAGCUGGAUUGUUGGCAAGUGGAUCACACCAAGAGAGCAAUACUGGGCACCACGUGGAACCCAUUUCCAUCAAUUUGUUGUCCCACCCAUUUUAUCAAUCAGAAGAGAUUGCACUUAUGGUGAUCUAGCUGCCAUGAGAUUACCAGAAGACGUGGAGGGCCUUGGCUGUUGUGAGUACACGAUGGAUAGGGGAGUAGUUCAUGCGUGCCAUGCAGGAGGAGUGGUACACAGCCUUGAAGGUUGGUCUCAUCACGAAGUUGGGGCCAUAGAUGUCAACAGAAUCGAUCUUGUGUGGGAAGCUGCACUCAAACAUGGCCUAAGGCCAGUGUCCACUUUCACACACUAGAAGAAAUUCGAUCCUCAGCUAAAGUAUUUUUCCCAAGUUAUCUUUCCUUUGUUUUGCAGUAUUGCGCAUCACAGUGGCCAUCUAAAUGUGGUUGUAUUCUUUGAUGUCGCUGUAUUACAUUUCUAAUGUUUCUUGUACGUUCAUAAGAUCACAUUGACAAGUGAUUCAUAGGCCAAAGUAACCUAGCCACCUCCCAUCCUCACUGCUUUGUUA